AUGAGCAGGGUAGCCUCCCCACCUCCCGAGAUGAGUCUGAUUGCGUUCCAGGGAGACUUUUGCUUCGCUUUCAUGUUCUCCAACUUUGUUUGGCGAGGCUACGGAACCUUGUGGCUUGAACAAGCGGCUGCUGGGAAGCUUGGAGGUCUGUCGCUGAAUGCGACUAAAGCGCUUUCUCAGGCCAACUUUGGGAGAUCUAACCAUAAGCAGGACAUUGAACUCAAGGGCGUUAUGCAGUAUGGAAAUUGUUUGAGGACGUUGGCUGGUGUAUUGGACAGCGGUGCUGUUCAAGGAGGGCAAGACUUGCUGGUGCCCAUUCUUGUGCUACUGAUGCAUGCUGCAUCCAACGCAGACCAAACUGGCGCUGUGUUCCAUCUCCGAGCGCUUGCCAGGCUGCUCCAUAUCUGUGGACCAGAAGCCUUCCAGGAACAGCCUUUACUGAACGCAUUCGAGGCGGCAAGGGCGGCUUUGCUUUCUGCGAGUCUGUACGGCAAACAGCGUCUCUUUCUUGAAGACCAGCGUUGGAGGACGGUCCCAUAUAUGCGUAACAAUGUGUUCAAAACUCCACAGAGCCAGCUCUUAGACAUCCUGGUGGUGGUGCCAGGGUUUCUGGAGGACCACGCAGCAAUACUGUCGAUGGAUAAAGAUGGGAAAGACUCGAGAGGAGAGCUAUUAGAAAGAGUGGAGAGGCAGCUUGUCACGCUCUACCGCUGGCGAUGGCGAUGGCAAGCCCAAUCUGGCAACAAGGUGGAAUCCGACGCCACCAACACGCCUCAACUCAAUGGCCUCGCAGCAGAGGCUCUGGGUUCUAUUGGUACUUCUAGGCAGUCUGGGCGACUGAGGUUGGGUAAGUUCACGCUUGCGACAGAGCUCAUGCUAUACAAUGCUACUCUAAUGUGGCUCAUCGCGCUUUACUGGAAAAUCGACCCAGUCAGCGCAAGCACACGUAUCGAAGCCUGUGCCAAUGCUGCCCUGCCUGAUGAACCAGACCCCAAAUACCUAUCCUUUGAACCUUUGCGACGACCCGGAGCUUCUGUCACGGUACGAGAUCCAGCUAUGGAGGUUUGUCGAGUCUUCGAGUGGGUAACUCGUCAUCAUUCUCGAAAUACGGAGCCAGCAUUCCUGUACCUAUUACCUAUAGGCGUGGCGAUGAGUGUACUAGAGUCAGAACCUGGAACAAAGGCCUGGGUGACCAGUCUACUCAACAUGAGCCCAAUCACGGCUAAUUAUGCGCGUGGACAGAAUGCUGCUGGAUUUGGCUUCUACAUUACUCCAGAGUCACUUCAUCCUGAAAGCGUUGUGGGAGACAAGCAGUUGUUUCUGGCCCAGGACAUGCAGGAGCUCGCGGUUUAG